AUGGAAAAUAAUCAAAUUAUGUUCAUGAACCAAGACGAUUAAGUCUAAAUAUUUAGUGAUGAAGACGAUUAAAUAUCCCAAAUAAUUGAAUAAGAUUCAACUGGUAGAUUUUGUAAGGUAAAUGAUGAAAUGUAUUUUUAGUAUAAUGAAUAAAUUGGUUAAGGAGCAUAUAAAAGUGUAUUUAGAGGAUAUGAUAAUUAGAGUGGUUGUGAAGUUGCUUGGAAUGUAUUUUAAUUAAAUAGUGUUCCAGAAAGUAAGAAUUUACAAUAGUUAAGAUGAAAGAAGAAGAGUAAGAUAAGAGAUUUCAAUUCUAAGCAGUCUUAAACAUGAUAAUAUUAUUAAAUUCAUACAUUCAUGGCAUAAUAAAUCAAAAAAAGAAAUUGUUUUCAUAACAGAAAUAAUAAAUGGAGGUUCUUUGAAAAAGUAAAAUCAUAGCUAUGUUUAGUUAUUUACGUAGAAUCACUAGGCCAAAAUUAAAGGUUAUAAAGAAUUGGUGUAGAUAAAUAUUAUUUGGUUUAGAAUAUUUACACAGACAAAAUAUAAUUCAUAGAGAUUUGAAAUGCGAAAAUCUUUUAAUUGAUACAAAUAAUAAUGAAUUAAAAAUUGGUGAUUUAGGUCUCUCAAUUUAGUAAUAAAUCUAUAUUUUAAUUUAGAUUGUAAUAAUCUUUUACAACUUCAGUUUUGGGUACUCCUGAAUUUAUGGCACCAGAAAUAUAUUAGGAACAUUAUGACACUAAAGUGGAUAUCUAUGCCUUUGGUAUGUGCCUAUUAGAAAUGGUUACAGGAGUAAAACCAUUUUGUGAGUGUAAAGGUGGUACAGGUUAAGUGAUAAAGAAAGUAAUUGAAUAGCAAAAGCCUCAAUCAAUUGAUGCUAUUUAGAAUGAUAAAAUCAAAGCAAUUAUCUUAGAGUAUUUUGAUUUCUUUGCAAAACAGAUGUUUAAAACCUCCAGAAGAAAGACCUUCUGCUACUUAAUUGUUAUAAACUCACUUUAAUCUUCAAGUUACCGAUAAUGACAACCUUCCUGUUCCAAUUAAUGAGUAACUCCUUUUCUAAUUAAGGGAUGAUAGCAAAAGUAAUAAAAUUAAUAAUAAUAAAAAAGAUUCAUCUAUUUUAAAAUGUAAUUUAUCUAACAAAAUAAUGUUGACCAUAGGUAGUAGUAAAUUUGAAACUAAUUCAGAAAUUAGUAUUCAUAAACAAACCUAAUAAUAAGGUUUGGUAAAGAAAAAUUUAAUAAUUGAAACAGAAGAUGAAACUGAACAAAUAUUUAAUAAAUAUUACAAAGAUUAUAUUGUAAUUUAUUUUUAUUAUAUAUUUUAGUGUUUAAAAAAUGAUGAAUCUUUGUAAGAUCUUGAAUAGAGAUAAGAAAAAGAAUUAUAAAUGUUAAAAUAAUUACAUUUAUAAUAAAAACAAGAAUAUUUGAAAAAGACUUCAAAUAAUUUCAACGUUAAAAGUUCAUCUCAACCAUUUUAAAGUUCUGGAUUUCUGUCUCUUGGAUCUUAUUAAAAUUUUUUUGAACUUUAGUAAGAUUCAAUUUGUCCAAAAUAAAUAAUUGAAAGCCCAUGUUUAGAAAGAAAUAGCAAUAAUAGAUUAUUGAAGCUUGAAAUGGUAUAUAUAUUUAUAUAUAAUUUAAUUUAGAUUACAGAUAAUAUCUCUUAAUAAUAAUCAUUUAAUUAGUCAUAACAAGUUGGUAUUUAGAAUAAAAUUAUUGUAGAUAUAUAAUUAGAAGUCAAUAAUUGA